AUGUCUCAAUACAUGGUUUCGCAGUACUUGCGCAAUUUCCGUAAGCGCACCCAGGAGCAGCAGGAAGCGAUUCCUCAAAAGCAACCGAAGACCGCAGCUGAGCGCGCUCGGUCUUAUCGAGCGAGGAAGUUAGCGGCCAAAGCGUCGUCAACUGCAGGUUGGGACGCCGGUGAAGGACCAUCUACUCGAGAUCUUAUGCAACCCGAUUUCGAUCGCGCUAAUCGCGAAUUUAACAAGCGAUUCAUGGAAAACGCAUUUGGUGCAGUCUGUGAUGUGUGUGAUCGGCUUUGGUUUGAGAGUGACUUGAAGCCAUUAACGCAACUGGCAGCAACCGUGCUUAUCAACGGUGGAGCUUUCGCUUCCGUUGAUGGGUUCUCUGCGUGUCAAACCUGCCGGGGCAACUUGAAGGACGGUAAAGUUCCAGCGAUGGCAAAGCCGAACGGCUUUGAGUUUCCGGAUAAGCCAUCUGGAUUGCCUGCACUCGAUGUUGUCACGGAAAGGCUGAUUUCGCCCCGUCUGCCAUUUAUGCAGAUUCGCCGAUUGCGUUUCGCGUCAGGCAGUUAUACAAUCAUUGGACAAGUGAUCAACUGUCCCGUAGAUGUGGCCGAAAUGCUGUACUCUCUUCCCCGUCAGCUGGAUGAUGAUCAGGCGUUCAACGUGUUUAUUAAGAAGCACGUCAUACACAAGUCGUCGUACUUAUCGGGCUUCAUUAAGAAAGCCACCGUUAAAGCCUGGCUGUCCUAUUUGAUCACGACGCCACUCUACCGGCAUUACGGCAUAACUAUCGACCAAAAUGUGUUGGAAGGACUAGGCCAAAAUACCACAGAUGACCGUAUGGAACUGGAGGCCAUUGCAUGGGACAACGAGUCAGAGUUGUUGCUUGGUCAGCAGGAGACUCUUCUGUGGAAUGAGGACAAGUGCUUGGAGAUCGCGCCCGCCCAGAACAAAAUUCCCCUGUCCAUAAUAUACGACGAACACGCCGAAGAGCUCGCCUUUCCUGCAAUCUACUACGGUCAUCCACGAAAGUUCAAGGCCGGUGUGCGAGUUACAUAUUUCAUGAUGGCAUCCAGUGAAACUAGGCGUCGUGAUAGGCGAGGGGCAAAACCGCAACACAUAUUAUACAUGGCUAUGAAACUUCUUCGCCUGAGAGUUUCAGAGGGUUUGCAAUGUACUUUCAAGUGCAUGGGAACCGCAAACAUCACACGUGCCAACAUCAAUGACCGAGAGUUCAUGGAGCAAUGCAUUGAGCGCAAUCUUUCCUUCCUCAAGUCGAUACCGAACUCUGUUCAGUAUUGGCAACAACGGAAGAAAGAUCUCUUUGCCAUGAUGCGCCAAUUGGGAAAGCCCACUAUGUUCCUCACACUGAGUGCGAACGAAAUGAAGUGGCCCCAUUUGCUCAAUCUCCUGCAUCGGCUUGCUGAAGGAUACAGUGGCAACGAUCUCAUGGAUCCUCUGCAGGAACUGACUGCGUUACAAAGAGCUACGUUGGUCAAUGACGAUCCGGUUACUUGCUGUAUCUACUUUAACAAGCUAGUGGAUACGAUCAUGCAUUUGUUGACAUCGAAAAGAUAUAGCCCAUUUGGCAAAUAUCAUGUUGUCGAUUUCUUUAAGCGGAUCGAAUUUCAGCACCGCGGCAGUCCUCACGCACAUAUCUUGCUGUGGCUGAACAACGAUCCCCGUGAGGCAAUCGGUGAAAAUAUGCCUGGAACCGUACAGCUCAUUUCAGAUCUCUGUUCGGUCAGCGUCGGAGAUUUGCCAGAGACUUACGGAUACCAGGUUCAUAAACAUACAUUCACCUGCUUCAAGAAGAACGACAACCAUUGCCGAUUCAACAUCCCGUACUGGCCGAUGGACCAGACCAGGAUCCUGAUACCCAUUGCAGCAGACGACAGUCGUCGUGAUCAACUAUCCAGGAAGGCUAGGAAAAUGAGAGAUGCUUUGGAGACAAAAGCAUACGAUACGAUGGAAGCAUUCCUUAGUGAUUGCAAUUGCACGUUUGACGGCUACCUUGAUGUCAUCCGAGCAACAAUCCGUCGUCCAACAGUUCUCUUCAGGCGAUGCAUGACUGAACUUUGGACAAACCCAUUCAAUCCCUGGAUAGCAAGUCACCUCGGCUCAAACAUGGAUCUCCAAUUCAUCCUGGAUGAGUACUCUUGCGCUGCAUACGUAGUUGAGUACGUAAAUAAAACAAAUCGUGGUGUAAGCUGCCUUCAACGUGACCUAAUCAAGCUUCAAGAGGAGUUCCCUGAUCAGGACUAUACAGCGCUCUUGAAGAAGAUAAGCAUUAAAAUGCUCAAUUCUGUUGAGAUGUCCGCCCAAGAAGCUGCCUGGUACCUUUUGCGCCAACCUAUGUCUGAGGCAAGCAGAGCAACGCAAUUUAUUCCUACUAUGUGGCCACAUGAGCGUACCAAAACAAGGAAACAAAACAAGCGAAUGGAGGAAGAAGGCAUAACGGACGACUCGACUGACAUAUGGACGCAAAAUAUUGUACAGAAGUACGAAUCACGUAGCGGGUUGGAUGAUUUGUGCUUAGCCGAUUUUGCAGCCUCAUACACCAAGGAAAAGAACAGCAGCAAUUCCUACAGAACUCGCACUAUUCCUCGCGUGUUGCAAUGGUGCGGCUAUGACAUGUCAAAGCUGUCUGACUACAAGCGUGAAAUGGUGCUGCUGUUUGUUCCAUUCCGUAACGAGCUGUGCGAUGUUUUAGACCAGAACAAGUUCCUGCAAUUGUACGAUCAGCAUGAAUCCUCCAUUCUGGCGAAGCGAAAGGAGUAUGACUGCGACUUGAACCUCGAGCAGAUCAUCGAGGAGUACAUGCGGAUUUGUCAUGAGGAUAGCCCUGAUGCACAGGAGACGGCUGCCACAGAAAAGCGCGGUGAAUGCACGAGGACCAUCGCAAUGGAGCCAAACGAUGACGACAUCCGGCUGUUACCCACGAAUGGUUUAUCGGCAGUCAUUAAGCAACGAACCACGGUGAUGAGUAAGCAGGAUUACUGUGCGAUGGUUCGCAAAACAAAUGCAGAACAGAGAGAUCUGGUGUUACAGGUGAUCGACAAUCUGCAUUGUUAUGACGACAGCAGGAAGCCUCUCCAGUUGUUCUUCACGGGACCGGCAGGAUGUGGCAAAACGUUUACCCUCCAUAUUUUGAUGGAGACGUAUAAUCGUUUCAGUCAAGCACACAACGCGCAGAAUAAUGCUUAUGUUGCCUGUGCAUCGACUGAAAAGGCUGCCGUUGCGAUUGGAGGAACAACUGUACAUUCAGCAUUCCACAUCACAAUGGAUCGUAGACAUCAUGGCAAACUCGGGUUUGAACUGCUGCAAUUGUAUCGACAUUCGUUUGCCAACGUCAAGCUGAUCAUCGUCGAUGAGAUCAGCAUGAUAGGAGCAAACAUUUUCAAUACGGUACAUACGCGGCUUCAAAGUAUCACCGGUGAAUACGAUCUUCCAUUUGGUGGCAAAGACAUGAUUUUGUGCGGAGAUUUUCGGCAGCUUCCUCCCGUUAAUGCGAGACCGGCGUACAAACCCGCAAGCAUCAACAUUGGUGGGGCAGUACUAUGGCAGACAUUGCGUUAUUUCCCUCUAACGCAAGUAAUGCGGCAAACCGAUGUUGAAUUUUCUUCGAUCCUCACGAAGAUCGGAAACGGCGAGCGACUGUCUGAGGAGGAAACGAAACUGGUAGAAAGUAGAUUCCGUACAGUUGAAUGGUGUAAGGAAAAUGUGCCGAACGCUAUACGGUUGUACCAUCGCAAUUCUGCUGUCGACAUGUACAACAACGAUGCAUUAAACAACAGAGAGGGAUGCGAUUGUACUGCCGAGGACAUAAUAUCCGGAUACAAGGAUGGUGCUCAGUUGGCAAGUGCCCGUACUAAAUUGCACAAAAUGAGUGUUGCUGAAACAGGAUGCCUUCCUUACCUUUUGCGUCUCGUUCCUCGAAUGUCGUACAUGAUUACGACGAACGUGGAAGUGGGAGAUGGCAUCGUGAAUGGAGCGAUUGGAGAGUUAAUGCACAUUGAGUACCCUGACGAUGACCAACAGCAAUCGCCGUUACGCUUGUGGUUUAAGUUCGAAAAUGACGCUGUUGGAGCUCAACUUCGGGUAAAGUCCAGACCGAUCGUAUUCUCGAAACCUGGAGUCCUUCAACAAGAUUGGACUCCCAUCUACAAGCGUUCGGCGAACGUCAAAUUGAGCAGCGCAAUCAAGUGCAAGAGGAUACAGUUCCCAAUUGUCAGUGCAUGCGCUUUAACGAUUCAUAAAUCGCAAGGGGGCACAUUCACCGAAAUUGUUGUUGACUACGACAAAAGCCAGGAGCAGCAGUUGGUUUAUGUCGCAAUGUCCCGGGUUAGUUCGCUACAAGGACUGUACUUAACGAACUCCACCAACUCUUUCGUGUUUCAUCAUGGAAAAGGAAGCAACACUCCCAAGAUGAAAGAACUGCGCGACGAAAUGCAACGACUGCAAAACCACAGAUUGGUCACGAUUAGUGAUGAGCUGAUCACAUUUGUUGGUAAUGGCGAGCAGUCAGCCGUUCUCGUGAGCCUUAAUGUUCAAAGCCUCAAUGCACAUUCCGCAGAUGUAUCCACCGAUCAUGUGCUAACAAGAGCCGACUAUCUGGCACUUAGCGAAACAUGGAUGGACAGCAAUACAACAGUGCAGAUUGAAGGCUACAGAUGCAUAUCCAAGUACAAGAGAGCAAAUUUGAGAGCAGGAGGCGUGGCGAUAUACGAAAAGCUUACCCUUUCACCAGCAUCAACAUCCCACACAAUUGAAAAGUUGAGUGAACAACAUGAUCCCGUGCUCUUGGAAGCGGAAAGCUAUGGAGACAUUUGUGCUGCAGAUAUUUUAGUCGAUGGUCGCCAGAUGGUUCUGUUCUGCAUAUAUAUUUCUCCCAGCACCUCGAUGAAGUACGCGAAAGCAUUCAUGGCUAGGCACCUGUACCGCUACCAAUCGAAGGAUGUUCCAGUCAUCAUAGCGGGAGAUUUUAAUAUCGAUGUCUCGAAACAAGAAAACAACGGGUUUCUUGAAUUCAUGGGACUGCUGGGGUUAAAACUAAGCUCAGAUCCAAAGCAGUCAACUACCUUAGGAGGCUCGUGCAUCGAUAUGGACGCUUCUGGUGGUAUCAAACACUAUUUUCCUGCAGUCAGGGCAUCUCUGCCGGUUGAGGGCACUGCUUUCCUCCGGUUGAGCUCUGCUUUGUUCUGCCACCAACAACCACCGCUACCCACUGCUGUUUCGCCUUCGCUAUGCAUUCAUACCACGGAUGUCAAGGAUGUCGAACAACGAACCAUCUGCCACAAGUCCUCCAUCCCAUCGCCAACACCGCGCUUGAUCCGUCUGAUUAUACGGUUCUUCGCACCAUCACGCAUCCAUUCCAAGCAUCAAGGGUGUGAAUGCUUGGCAACUCGCGAUUCAGCUGCCAGGACGCUUCUGGUGGUAUCAAACACUAUUUUCCUGCAGUCAGGGCAUCUCUGCCGGUUGAGGGCACUGCUUUCCUCCGGUUGA